AUGGAUAAGAGGAAGAAAGGAUCUCCUACAGAACUAAGGCUUCUGGUGGUCGGCAGCAGUGGACCUUCGCAGCUCCUGCUAACAAAUCACAUCCUUGGGAGGAAAGAGUUUUCUAAGAAUAUCACCGGCAUUUCUGACAGCAGGAAGACCACUGGAGAGCUGGCUGGUAGACGAGUGGCUGUGAUCAAUGCACCCAACAUCUAUGACAAGGAUAUAUCUCAAGCCAAGACGAAGAUGGAGCUGAGGAGGUCUAAGUGCUUAUGUAUUCCUGGUCCACAUGCCUUUCUCAUCACCUUUGACAUGGAGAAAAUUUCCCUGAAUGAAAUUGGAACCCCCAAACUGAUGAAGCAGCACUUUGGGAGACACUGUCUGAGGCACUGCAUGGUCCUCCUGGCUUAUGAUGGGAACCAUGAGGGAGCUGCCCUGGUGGACAGGGUGCGAAAGACCGAUUGGCCCCUGAGAGAGCUCAUCGAGCAGUACGGCGGACGCUUUCACGUCUUCAGCAAGAACUGGAGGGAUCGCAGCCCGGACAGAGAGCUGCUGCAGAAGAUAGAGAGGAUGGUGGCUUCUUUAGGAGGGGCCUGCUUCUCCAGCAGGACUUUCCAGAAGGCGGAGGACUGUGUGAAGAAGGAGGAGAAGAGGCUCAGGAAGCAGAGGUCGAGAGAGAUAGAGAAGGCGUGGAUGUCGAUGGAGAAGCAGUACAUAGCGGAGGAGUUGUAUCACCAGAAGGACGCCUACACCGCCAACGUGGGUGCAGAGAUCAGAGCCAAGGCGGAGCUGGACAACGGGUGGCUCAGGACCUCCCUGGCGAGAGGGCUGGGGACGGGUAUCGUUGUGGGAGCCGUCGUGGGUGCACUGUUUGGGUCCAUAGAGGGGCCAGGAGGGAUGGUCCUUUACGGGAUCAUAGGUGGUGCAGUAGGUGGAUCAGCAGGAGGAACAGCCCAGGUGGCUAUAGAGCACAUGGAGGACAGAGUGGCGCCUAAUGCCAGACUCAACUUUAACUCAAUCUUCAUCAAUCGCUUCUUUACAACUCCUCGUCCAUGACUGCUACUUAUUAUGGCCUGUGUAACUGUCUCAGAGACAUUGAGGUGUUUAUUUCAUGUUUUUCUGUCAUAAAUUCAUGAUUAUUUGAGUUCAUACAUUAAAGGUGCUGUUGAUAACAUUAAUAACAUUCAACCACUAGAUGUCUCAUUUUCCCUCACCCGUUCCAUUGCAUUUACUUCACAAGUCGCUGACGGCUCUUACUGUCAAUCUCAGCCUUUUAUCCGUUUUCAAACAUCAAAUAUCU